AUCAAACCUUGUUCUUGAACACCUACCCUUACAUCUUUUCGCACACUUGGCCCAUUCUCACGUAGGUCGUACUUCCAGUUUUCGUCGCAAACCGCAUGAACUCUGUCCCUACACCAUAUGACGACAUUUGGCCUUUGCAACUCUCAAUAUCCAGCUUCGCUACUCAGAAAUCGUUAAUAUAGCAACUGUCAUGGCGAGCAUGAACACAUUACGAGAGCUCACAGUGUCAUGUUAUUGCGGCGCAGCGAGGCACGCCUUCAAAGUGCCCCACUCAUCCCUGCCAUUACCUUCCCAUCUCUGCAGCUGCGACACUUCACGCCGGAUCUCGGGCUCCCUAAUGACUUCAUAUGUCAACAUUACCCACGGGAAAUCGACGCCAAAGCCAAGUCUAUUGGCCCUCAUACCAUACCACAGCUCUGAGAGGCUGACCAGGCACUUUUGCUCAACCUGUGGGACACACAUGUAUCUCGAGUACCACGAUGACGGGCAUUUCGAAGCUGCGACUGGAACAUUGCAGGUGGACAGCACAGAAGGCAUUGUUGAGUACGAAAGCUGUAUGUGGAUCGACGACACUAGAGAUGGCGGCGCCAGCGAUUGGCUUACAAGUGUCAACGGGAAGCUGCUGCAGAGAUGGAAGCAGGAAGCUGGCAAGAGCGAGCAUGUCUCGGUCGACCAGUACAGCACUUGGUCAAACAAGCUCGAGCCUUCCGUAGAGCCCGUACAUGUCCAUUGCCACUGUAAAGGCGUCGAGUUCUGGAUCCAACCUCCAAAUGCCGCCUCAAAAUCGGCGCAGUCGGACUUUUCAGAUCUGAUGAGUCCUUAUUUUCUAGAAAAAUCGGCAAACCCUCACAAUACUCCAUGGUGGCUCUGCGAUAACGAUACACGGUUCCUUGCCGGCACUUGCGCUUGUCACUCCUGUCGCCGCGCUUCAGGCUUCGACAUCACGUUCUGGGCUUUCGUACCCACAGCCAACAUCUUGCACGAGGGGCAGUCUACACAAGUCUUCCCGGAGCCUGGCCCUGGAAGUCAGACUACGUACUGGGGUACGAUAAAGGCCUAUUGCAGCAGUGACGGAGUGACAAGGACCUUCUGUGAGAAGUGCGGUGCAAACGUCUUCUGGAAUGGCGGCGUGGAGAAGGGCAGAAACGGCUUAGUUGACGUGGCAGCCGGUUUGUUGGAUGCCAACAGUGGCGCUAGAGCUGAGGAGCUUCUGAGUUGGUGGACAGGUCGAGUGAGCUUCGAAGAGUUUGCUGUGAACAAGAGCUUAGCACGAGCCUUGGGCGAGGGACUGAGGGACUGGGAGGCCAGGUUGAUGCGCUAGCUCUUUCCUGCGCCUUCAGACACGAAAGCGCAGCGAAGGUAUAUGCCAACAAACAUGUUAGAAACCUACGCACGAUCACAACUUUCCAUACUCGGGCACCUCAUACCAGCCACUUGGCAAAAUCCAGCAUCAGGCAAGGACAGUUGGUAUUCUCCUUACGGCGUUUCCUUGUUUAUAUCUGGAUGCAGUCAUUCAGUUAUAGUUGUGCAGCUCACUGGCUAAGACGAGAAUGGUUUGGAUUCUGCAAAAGUGUCAAGCAUGCUGAUCGAACGUGCCAGCGUGCAUUAAAGCUGCGUCUGAGAUACCGUACCAGGAAGGAUGAGAGACGCUCAAGGAAUUCCUCCAACCUCAAAUCAGAUGCGUAGCGUACUGAAGCCAUUAACGUGUUUGUACCGGCAAAGUGCGCAAGAUCACAG